GAGGGGAAGUUGGGGGGGGGCGGAAUUUGGGUUUAAUAGCACAGUACAAAAGCCCUAAGGUCAUUCAAAACCCAAGACUCACAUCCCAGAAGCCAGACUGCCUAGCUCUAAGCAGAAAAGGAGUAGUAGGGACAGAGGCUACCAGGACCAGCUAUGGAGCCCUGGAAGAGGUCGCCGCUACCGUGGCUGCUGCUGCUCUCUCCCCUGCUGUUGCUUUCCCGGUCAUCGUCAGAUCCCUGUAUCCUCCUGGACGAAGAGGGCGAGAACUGCUUCUGCAAUUUUUCCACCCCGGAGCCUGAAUGGAAUAGCAUUACGAUGUGCAUUUCCUCUAAGGAGGUAGCGAUCCAUGGGGGCGGCCACAACUUGGAUGUCUUUUUGCAGCAAGGAGGAGCUGCUGACCCGAGCAAAGCAGCAGACGUGCUGAGAGCGCUGGGUCUGAGACGGCUGAAGGUAAAAGAGGCCCAAGUGCCGGCCCUACUUCUGUACCAGCUCCUGCGGGCGCUGACCUACACGCGGAUUCAGGAGCUGACUCUAGAGGAUCUGGUGAUUUCGCACCCGCCCCUGCCACCUCCCUCGCCCACUGACAGAGACCUUUCGCUGAGAGCCCUGCACCUCCGCAGAGUGUCGUUGGCCGGAGAGGGCAACUUUCCGGUCUCCAUAGUGCCUUGGUUAAAACCUGGACUGAAGGCACUGAGCUUGACUGGUUUGGGUCUGAGCAAUGUGCCCUGCCCAGACUUGGGCACCUUCAAGGAACUAAACUCUCUGGAUCUGUCAGACAACCCAGAGAUACGAGAAAGUGGCUUAACUUCGGCCGCCUGCCCCAAGGAGUUCCAGGCACUGAAGGAUCUGGAGCUUCGGAACACCAGCCUCCAGUCCCUGGAGGGAGUGUGCCGAGGUCUGGAGGCUAUGGGGACAAAUGUGCGGCGACUGGACAUCAGUUACAACGAGCUGCGAGAUACGGCCGGUACUCAGUGUACUUGGCCACCCACCCUUCUAUCCCUCAACCUGUCCCACGCGAAGCUGCAGAGUGUGCCCGCGUCUCUGCCCAAGAAGCUGCAGCAGUUGGUCCUAAGCUAUAACUUAUUGGAGAAAAAGCCGGAGCUGCCCCAGGUGACCGACCUGAUCCUCGAAGGGAACCCUUUUACCAGCUGCAACGUCACGGACAAGUCGCAAGGGGAGCAGGCUCCAGAAAGCUGCUGGCUUAGUUCCGGCGGGAUCAGGUCCGUAAGCACACCGUGUGUCCUUCAAGCCUCUGGGACUGCAGCCUUGGCGCUGUUGCGCGGGGUCAGAGCAUUCUCCUGAAGUUGGCUGAGGGGUAGACUAGGGAGGGGGAAAAACAAGUCCAAGUUCCCACCUGGCUGCCUUGUGAUUUCAGAGACUGCAGGGUAACCUGGCAGGAUAUGUCUUUUAAUUAAAAAUUGUAACAACUAAUAACUGAGAAACAAAA